GGCUAAUGAUUCAUGAGCCAAAGAAAGCAACACUGCGGCUUAGAUCGGCGAGAAUACGCGAGCCGCCCCGUGAAAGCGAUAUACAGAAGAUCUAAGCAUAAAGUUUCAAGCUUCACAUACAGAGUUUAUUCACGUAUUGCAGCGCUUGCACGGAGUUGGUGAUUUUGUUGUCUCUUGCAGUUUUACCUCAUCAUCGACUCACUAGACUAUCACCACUUACGCCGUUAGUUACGCACGCUACAUGCUUAUGCAAAAGCCACGAUGCGUCGCACAGUGUUCUCUGACACCAUCAGGUCAUUUGGCCUUGUCAUUACCAGCAUAUUCUUGCUUCCAUUGUCUCUUGCAUUAACGUCGUUUGCCAUCUUGAUGAGGCGAUGGUCGUCUCAUACUCGAAAGCAACAGCCUGUACCUCUGGACCCGCGUCACAAACGGAAUAUAUUGGUCACUGGGGUUGGCAUGGCCAAAGGCUUGACUCUUGCUCGAGCAUUCCAUCUCAGCGGCCAUAAUGUGACUGGGGCGGACUUUGAGGGAAACGGCAUUUUAUGCUCUGGAAAGUACUCCAAGAGUCUUUGUGGCUUCCGACCUAUGAACAGACCAGACUCUGAGAACGCCACAAGGAGCUACAUACAACAGCUUCUCACUAUUGUCAGAGACAAUCACAUUGAUCUCUGGGUCUCCUGCUCAGGCGUUGCUAGUGCGUUGGAAGACGCCAAGGCAAAGGAGCUGAUUGAGCGGAAGACAUCGUGCAAAUGUAUCCAGCUUGGAGUCCAAGAUACGGCAACACUGCACGAAAAGGAUCAAUUCAUGAGUGAAGCAGCAAGGUUGGGAUUGCCUGUUCCCGUGACGCAUCACCUUAGUUCCUACGAUGAAGCUAUUGAUCAUCUUUCGCAUUCGCAAUCUGCACACCCAGAACGAAAGUUCAUUCUCAAGACAGUCGGCAUGGAUGAUGCCAAUCGUGGAAACAUGACUGUUCUUCCGCUUGAUACUAUGGAAAAGACCAAGACCUAUAUGUCUCGCUUGCCUAUCACGCCAGAGAAUACAUGGAUUCUGCAAGAGUUUAUCCCUGGUGGUGAGGAAUACUGCACCCAUGCUCUAAUUGUCCGUGGGCAAGUCAAGGUCUUCGUGGCAUGCCCAAGUGCUGAGCUAUUGAUGCACUACGAAGCUCUGCCGCCAAGUUCUGCGUUGUCAAGAGCAAUGCUUGCUUUCACGCGCGAAUACGUGUACCGGUCAGAAAGCUCGGAACAGUUCACUGGCCACCUGAGUUUCGAUUUCAUGGUCAAGGAUAGUGUUGUAGAUGAGAAAAGCUUCGAACGAUCCAUCUACGCGAUUGAGUGCAACCCUCGGGCACACACGGCUGUUGUACUAUUUGCCCAGGAAGGCCCAGAAAUGGCAUCCAUGGUGCAGGCUUACUUGUCAACUCUUGACGUGGGCCAUGUCUCGUAUGCGGAAGUUGUGAAAAAGAAUGGCUUAAAGGAAGAUGAGAUAGUGUAUCCGCCAAAUGCUCCUAUAUCACGCUAUUGGAUCGGCCAUGAUCUCUUCAGUCUGGUUGUCCAGCCAACUUUUGAUUGGACUUCGGGACAGAUUACGCUUCACGAAUUAAGUCGUUGUUUUUUACAAUUCAUCAACCAUGCGCUCACCUGGAAAGAAGGGACUUUCGAGACUUGGGAUCCGUUACCAGCAUUGGCGCUCUAUCAUGUGUACUGGCCAUUGACAAUACUUUCGGCUUGGUGGAGUGGGCAUCAAUGGAGCCGGGUCAACGUUAGCACCACGAAAAUGUUUGCGUGUUAAUCCUGCCUGGUAUCACAGUUAGUAUAUAUAUAUAUAUACAUAAUCAUACUAUUCAUAAUACGAAAC